AUUUAGCAAGCUAUAAAAGCUCUUGCAAUGAAAAAAAUCUUAAACACUUUCUACAAUGAAUUCCAACUUUUUUUUCAUUUUAUUCUUUAAUAUAGGUCUAGUGGUGUGUAAAGGAAAAGAUGUGAAUCAAAAUAUAGAUCAAAACACGGAAACUGUUUUACCAAAAUCUGAAAUUGCAAAAAAGCAAAACGAGCUAAUUGAUGUUCUAAAAAACGCCAAGUCGACGGAAGAAGUUCUUAUUGGCUAUGGAGUACGUGACCUUUUAAAGUUAAUCAAAAGAUCUCCUAUAACUGGCAGUUCAACAUACGGGAUAGCUCCAAAACCUGGGCAAAGUUUAGAUAGUAGUACAUCAGUUGAGUUUACUGAAUAUGAAUGCGCAAUACGACCGCGAAUUGUUGACGUGGACUUUGUUCCAGGCUACUUUACCUUUCCAGCAUGUAUACAAGUUAAUGAAUGUAGUGGUUGUACCACAAAAUCAUUAAUAUACAAAUGCGUUCCAGACGAACAAGUUAAUGUUAUUGCAAACGUAGUGGACAUUGAUUAUUCCGGAGGUUUCAGAAUUAGAAAAGUAACCACGCUGCAACCAAAAAGCUGUAAAAUGGAGUGCCGUAUAAAGGCUUCAGAUUGCACGCCAGGUCAAGUGUAUGAUCCAAAUAGCUGUACAUGUUCUUGUUCUUCUUCUAUUGAGAAGUGUCCAGUUGGAAAACAGUGGUCUAUUGUGAACUGCGCUUGCGCCUGUUCCGAAGUAAAAACAUGUUCUUCUAACAAAAUAUGGAAUAAAGACUCAUGCACAUGUCAAUGCAUUCCAAAAGUAUGUCUUCCGUCACAAAAGCAAGACCUUAUCUCAUGCAAUUGUGUUUGAAUGUUAAUUGAUUAAAACCUUUUUAUAUAAGUACAGUAAUUGAAAAAAGAUUUUUUUUUAUUGCUGUUUGAUUAUUCGAUAACUUAAUUAGUUUUUCUAACAAUAUUUUGUAACUUUUAGUUGAAUAAAAAUAUAAUAUAGAAAAGUUUUUUUAUUUUUUUGACCAACAAACAUAUGAAUUAAUUUAAUUACGGAUUUUUUUUUUUCAAUUAUUGUAAACGUUUUCGGAUACUGGUAAAUAUUUUUGGUUAAUAGUGUUUUGCACAACACUCAAUACAAUAACUUGGAGUUUUUUUUUAUGUGUAGAUUGCAACUCUUCCAAUAAAUAUAUUUCUUAAUUGUUA